UUUCAACUCCGUGAUAAGAUCAUCGUUUGCUGCAAGCUCGUCGGGGGUCGGUAGAACGGUGGAGAUGGGAGGGUGAAGUGAAGUAUUACAGAAGCAUGCGCUUGCGCCGUCGACCAACAGAAAGCAACUCGGCACAAGAACGGGAUGAAAAAGGAACGACUGGAGAAGAAAAUGAAGAUGUACUGAGACAAAAGAGAUAUCUGACCGACGAACCAAAGACGAAAAAAAACCAGCGAAAGGAAAGGGACGAAGGGAGCAGCGCAGAGGGAUCGGAGUUGGGAACGAGGAGGCGCUGCCUGGCCGAAAAGAGCAAAGGUUUAUCGCCUGCUGACUCAGCCUAUCAGCGAUCACGUGUGGCUACUAAUGGGUAUGUAACACUGGGGAUGGAGAUGUCUAGACGCCACCAGCUGUUUAAUAUUCUGUAUAUUUAGUCUGCCAUAUAUACGUGUUGUGGCAGCGCGAGAAUGAAAGAGAUGCUGACUACAGAUCAAGUAACACCACGAAACUCGCUACAGUACUAAA